AGCUCAAUUUUGCCCAAGUAUAGCCGAACUUCCCGGAGGGCGGAACUGAGGCAAUGUCAGCCAUCACUGGGGAUCAGGUGGCUGUAUACGAUCGUCAGCUGCGCCUUUGGGGUGUCCAGGCGCAACAGAGGCUUCUCAAUGCCAAGGUAUUGAUUUGGGGCCUUGAAGGCAGCAACGUUGAGGCGUGCAAGAAUUUGGUCCUGGCAGGCAUCGCCCUGACUCUUCGAGACCAUCGCACAGUCACAGCUGCUGAUGUAGGCUUCAACUACUUCUUGAGGCCAGAGGAUAUAGGCAAGAAUCGGUCCGAAUGUGCUUCGAAACGAGUACAAGAGAUGAAUCCGCUUGGUAGCGUCUCCUCCAGCAGCGAAGGGCCAGCAAAGAAUCCAGAGAAGCUGAAGGAGCUUCUCAAAGGCUUUGACGUCGUCAUCGUGGGUCUUAGUUGUUUGGGUUUUGACUUUGAGCUCGCGGCUUCGAUGGAUGCAGCUUGCAGAAGUCUAGGUGCUGGUUUCUUGCUGACCGUGGCAGCUGGUGAAAUCGCCUUUUUCUUCUCGGACCUUCACGAGCACAUCAUGCAGGAACGCAGUGCUCAAGGCAGCACAGAUGUAGGCCAAACGGGGCAGAAUCCAGAAACCUUUAGCUUCCCUUCCUUCAGCGACUGGCUGGCUGCAGUGCCUGCAUUGCUGACAGGGAAAAGCGAUGAUUCCUUCAAACUAUUUGGCCUUUUCGCCUCUUUCCUUCGGGGCAAAGCUGAGAGAGCUGUUCCAAGUGCUGCAGCUGAUUUCGAAGCGCAUUGUCAGGAGGUUAAAUGCCAGCCAAAAGUUGAUGGGUUGCAGACAAUGCAGCAGGCGUUCGGCCAUUUCUUUGUGGAGCCAUUGGUCCAUGUGGCCUCUGUGCUUGGUGGUCUUUUAUCCCAGGAGGUGAUCAAGGCUAUCACCCGAAAAGAUCCACCACUAGCCUGGCCCUGAUGCAAUUUGAUUUGGCAUUCUUCAGGACUUGGUGACGAAUUGCCCAAAGCAACCCCGAGCAUAUUGUGUAAAUUAAAAAUGAUAUUCAGGGGCCAGGGGGCCAGGGGGCAUUUCUUGCUCACCUUUUGUACAUUUAGGUCAACAGCGUGUGUUUCAACGCGCACACUGGAGCAGCGCUGGUGGAGCAUUGCCCCGCCAAGCCUGCAGCUCCAGUAAAGCGAAAGGCGGAGGAGGAUGUUGCUGACCUUCUGGAUGACUGAUAUGGGGCCAAGAGGGCUCAGAGGUUGGAAAGUUGCUGAUGGAUCGUGAAA